AUGCCCACGCGUGCGCGCUGGGGGGCGCUCUCCGUGGUGCUGAUUCUGCUCUGGGGACACGCGGGGGACGUCCAGGCCUGCCCGCAUCCUUGCGCCUGCUACGUUCCUAGCGAGGUUCAUUGCACGUUCCGCUCCCUGGCUUCCGUGCCCGCUGGGAUUUCUAAACACGUGGAAAGAAUCAAUUUGGGGUUUAAUAGUAUCCAGGCCCUGUCAGAAACCUCCUUUGCGGGACUGACGAAGUUGGAGCUACUUAUGAUUCAUGGAAAUGACAUCCCGAGCAUCCCUGACGGGGCGUUACGAGACCUCGGCUCUCUGCAGGUUUUCAAGUUCAGCUACAACAAGCUUCGUGUGAUCACGGGACGGACCCUGCAGGGCCUCUCGAGCUUGGUGAGGCUGCAUGUGGACCACAACAAGAUUGAGUUCAUCCACCCGCAAGCUUUCCACGGCUUGACGUCCCUGCGACUUCUCCACCUGGAAGGGAACCUCCUGCAGCAGCUGCACCCCGGGACCUUCUCCACCUUCUCCUUUCUGGACUAUUUCCCACUCUCCACCAUCAGGCACCUCUAUUUAGCGGAGAACGUCAUCAGCUCUCUUCCUCCCGGGAUGCUUUUGAACAUGCCCCUUCUGGAGAACCUCUACCUGCAUGGGAACCCCUGGGCUUGCAGCUGCGAGAUGAAGUGGUUUCUGGAAUGGGAGGCGAGAUCCAGAGGGAUCCUGAAGUGUAAAAAGGACAAAGCCUACGAAGGCGGUCAGCUGUGCACCACGUGCUCCAGUCCCAAGAAGCUGCACAAACAAGAGAUUCACAAGCUCAAGGACAUUGCUUGCUCGAAGCCACUCAUCGAGUCUCCUCUGAGGCAGAACCGGAGCGGGAGCAGUGAGGAGGAGCAGGGACAAGAGGAGGAAGACACCGAUGACCAGCUCUCCCUGGACAGCUUCCACCUGCCCACGUGGGACGUCUCCUUGAACAUGACGGAUGAGCACGGAAACACGGUGGAUUUGGUCUGCAGCAUCAAGAAACCCACAGAUGUGUACAAAAUCCUCUUGAACCAGACAGACCCUCUUGAGAUCGAGGUCAACGCAACAGUCACCUUGGACUUUGAGUGUCCCAUGACCAGGGAGAACUAUGAGAAGCUGUGGAAACUCAUAGCAUAUUACAGCGAGGUCCCGCUGAAGCUGCACCGAGAAGUCAAGCUCAGCAAAGACCCCAGCGUCCAAUACGAGUACAGACAGGAUGCUGAUGACGACGCCCUCUACUACACGGGCGUCAAAGCCCACAUCCUCGCAGAGCCAGGAUGGGUCAUGCAGCCGUCUGUGGACAUUCAACUGAACCGGCGCCAGAGCACUGCCAAAAAGGUGCUGCUCUCCUAUUACGCGCAGUUUUCACAAACGAUAUCCACCAAGGAUGUGAGGCGGGCGCGGAGCAGAAGCUGGGUGAUGAUCGAGCCCAGCGGAACCAUGCAAAGGGCUCAGACGGUUCUGGAAGGGAACUCCUUUCAGUUGAGCUGCAAUGUGAGGGCUUCUGAGAGUCCCACCAUCUUCUGGGUGUUGCCAGAUGGCUCUAUCCUCAGAGCCCCCAUGGAGGACUCAGAGAGCAGGUUCUCCAUCCUCAGUGGUGGUCAGCUGAGGGUCAAGUCGGCGGAGUACUUAGACUCAGGAUUGUACCAGUGCAUAGCUCAGGUGACGGAUGAAAUGGACCGGAUGGUGUACAGGGUCGCUGUGCAGGUGCCGGUCACUCAGCUCCCUGAUGGACACACAGUGACCAUCAACAAGAGCCCUGGGGAGCCAGUGGUAUUGCCCUGCAGUGCGCUGGCAAUUCCCGAAGCCCAGCUUAGCUGGGUUCUUCCAAGCAAAAGGAUAAUGAACCAUUUGGCUAACACAUCCCAUGCAUACAUGCUGAGCAAUGGAACGCUCUACAUCCCAAAGGUCCAAGCCAGCGAUGGUGGCUACUACAGAUGUGUGGCUGUCAACCUACAAGGGACAGACCAUUUCAUGGUGGGGGUCACCGUGAAUAAGAAAGGACCUAGCAGGACCUCAAAAAGAGGCAGACGCCCAGGCGCAAAGACUCUUUCCAGAAUAAGAGGAGAUGUCGUAGACGAUGAAGGGGGCUCAGGCGUCGGAAUCGAAGACAAGACUCCAAGGAGGAUUCUACAUCCAAUGGACCAAGAGAUGUUUAUCAAAACAAAGGACAAGGCCAGUGUUGGAGGUAAAAAGACCAAGAAAGGUCGACGAAAAUUGAAACUCUGGAAGAAUCCUGAAAAGGAAGCAGAGACAAACGUUGCAGAAGGUCGCCGAGCGUUUGAGUCCAGGAGAAGGAUCAAUGUGGCAAACAAACAGAUUAAUCCGGAGCGCUGGGCAGAUAUCUUAGCCAGAGUCCGUGGGAGGAAUCUCUCUAAGGGCACAGAAGUCCCUCAAGUCAUACAAACCACGACUCCUCCAUCAGUGGGCAUAGGAGUUUCACCAUUUUCUCCUGCUGCUCCUCCACCCUCAGUAUCUCCGGUACAGACAACAACCAGUGCAGAGGAAUCCUCAGCAGAUACCUCCAUAUUCAAUGAGGAGGAGCAGGUUUCGAGUACUAUUUCCUUAAACAGGAUUGCACUGGAACACGACCGCGAUGCGGUCAUUCUUGCUGAACCCAAAGUAACAAGCAUGCAACCGGAAGACGUUCUUGAUCAUGAGAUUUCUGGGAAGACAGAGGACUCAGCUUCCACCGAAGCUGAUUCUUCAGUCCCUACACAGAGGUCUUUGCCUUAUGAAUCUUCUUCCCCGCUGCAGACCCUGGCCAUGUUCUACGAAGUGCCCACCUACGAAGAGGUAGCAACAGGGGGUUGGUCUACAGCACCAAGCAUUGCAUCUGUACCCCCGCCCACAUCCAAUGUGGAUGAGCUGCCGUUGGAUGCCAUCUCUUUGGUGGAGUCUGAGACCGAAACAUAUCUUUACCCAGAUUCAGAGACUUAUUCUCAACCAGUUGAGGAUAAGAUGGAAGAUCUGACCUCCACACGCUUCACUCCAGCCCCCACCUUGUGGGCUGUGGACCCCAGGACAUCUGAGCCAUUAAGGGAACAAGAUGUACCAGCACAAACACAUCUACAAGGAUACACAGACAACAUGGAGCCUAUGAGAGGGGUCUUAGGCACUCAAGGCAACUCACUGAUGAAAAAAGACAUGGCGGAGAACUCUCAGAUACCAGGGGAAGGGAAUAUCCGGGAGAGAGACCCCACAGGCUCCAGGCAUCCCAAGAGCAAGGAGUUAGGAGGGCUGGGCAGCAUUGCUCCAUUUCAGCUGUCCGGAGAAACCACACCUGAUACUCUGUUUGACAGGGACACCACGACAGCAUCAGUGAUGACAUCAGAACUAAAGACCACUUCACCGUACGAGCUGACCACUCAUCCUUUUCGCAGGAAGUCCAACGGGAGGAGAAGAUUACGGCCUCACAGAUUCCGCCACCGGCACAAGCAAACUCCGCCAACGACAUCUGCCCCCACCGAGAUAUUUUCUACCCAACCUACUCAAGUGUCGGAGAUGAAGGAUCCAAGCAAAGUGGAGGAUUCGCUUGUCUUGACAUCUGGGGUUGGUAACACAGUUGGUAUCCCCAAACAGUUGGAAAUGGGGAAACCUGCAGAACCAGUGACCAAGGGAACCCCACGAAGGAAACACUUAAAGAAACAAAACAAACAUCGGUAUACCACAUCCACCGUGAGCUCAACAGGCUCUUUACCCAAGACCACCUCUCUUCCAGAAAAUAAACCUAAAUAUGUGAUAACUCCCAGUUUUGAAACUGUACUUUUAUCUGCAACUGUUCCUCUGAAAACUGGGGAACCACAUGAGACAAGGAAAGCAGAAGAUGAUAUGAGAACCACCUCAAAAGUACAGCUAUCUCUCAGUAAAGUCCAAGAGACAACUGCAGUCACAUAUGAGCCUGCAUCUGAUGGGAAGGAAAUUAAGAAGGAUUAUGAUGUCGCAAACAUCAAAGACCAUAAAACUAGCACUCCAGUCCCCACUGAGUCAGGAAUUAACAUUGGAUCACCUUCUGGCUCGGUGGUCUCCCUUGUGGAAGGAUUUAUGGAAGAAUCUUACCCGUUAGAGUUUCCAGGAACUCCAAGCUGGACUUCUUCCAGGACAGCCCAGCCUCGGAGGGCGAAGACGGGCGGACCUGUUAGCAGUGCUUGGGUAACCCGUACAGACCCUCCCCAUUGGAAAGAGUUGGAAAACUCAUAUCUUCCUUCUGAGUUUUCACCUUCUGUGGCUAUCUUGACACUCUCUCAACAAGGAGAAGUUGCUGCUUCUGCUACCCUCUCAAGCAUAAGACCAGAGUUACCCUCAAACCAGGCAGAAACCACCACUCAUGGUCAGGAUCAGCAAAAACCCACCCCAGCAACUGUCCAUCCUGAAGUUAGUCUGAAAGAUCACGCCUCUACGACUGGCUCCCUGGAUGAACAAGCAUCCCCCUUCCCACCCACGAUGCUGAUGUCCUUGGUACAAACCACCACCAAGUCCACACCUCUUACUCCAACAACCUCUCAAACAGCGACAGAGUUCAAAGACAAUGUUCUGUUUAAUUAUGUGGGUGUCUCAGAAACCGAAGCGCCCCAAUUGAACCUUAAGGGAACGCAGUAUAUAUUGAAGCCAGAUGAGGUAUCCACUCCCUCUUCCAAGCAGGACAACGUGAACUUCUCUCCAAAGCAGGAGUUGGUGAAGGAGGCGUUUGAUAGUAAGAUCCCAAACACUCUACCUCGAGGUCCAGAUAUCCCCGACCACAAGGGAAGAGUGCAAAUUUUCCACCAACCAGGUAUCAGUCCCACCAAACCUACACCACCAAGAGGGACAGGGAGGCCACCACAUAUGGCCACUCAAAGCUCCUUUAGAUACUUGGUGACCUUCCAGCCGCCUCGUCAUGCGACCAGCAAACCAGAAAUAAGGGUGUAUCCUUCAAGGGAUUUUCCAGAGAGCAAGCCCUUUGUGACUCCAAAGUUAGCAACCACAACAACUCCUAUUCCACUUCACAGACCCAAACCCAGCAUUCCCAGGAAAUCUGGUGACCAUGGAGCCAACCAGUUCAAUGCCAACCCCAAAGUAUUUGGGAAUAACAACAUCCCUGAUCAAAGAAGCCCCACUGCAAAACUACCGAGUUCAAGACUUCCUCAUCAUUCCAAUGGCAGGUCUCCGUUCUUCUCUAACAGGACCUUUGUGUUCCCACAGUUAGGAGCCACCCUGAAGCCUCAGACACCCAUCACUCCUGCCCCAGUGACAAGAGAGAGAAAAGUCAACACAGGUUCCUACAACAGGAUACUGUCCCAAAGCGUCAUCCACGUGGAUUUUGGUCCUCCUGCACCUCCUCUGUUGCAUCCUUCCAGGGCCACCGCAUCGCCCUCAACUAACAUACACACUAUCCCCCCAGUCCACUCCACUCGGAGCUCCAGCCCUUUCACGAUGUCUUCUGGCCAGCCUUCCAGAAACUUCCAUCAGAGCAGCUCAAAACUCUUCCCCAUUGGAGGACUGCCUGCGUCCAAAUUCUGGAUGCUUGGGGAGAAGCCCCAAAUCAUCACCAAAUCCCCCCAAACCAUGUUCAUCACUGCGGAGACAGAUGCUGUGUUUCCAUGCGAGGCAACAGGGAAACCCACGCCUUUCGUUACCUGGACAAAGGUGUCCACAGGCGCUCUCAUAACUCCCAACACGCGGGUACAGCGGUUCCAAGUCCUGAAAAAUGGCACCCUAGUCAUCCGGAGAGUCCAGGUGCAGGACCACGGCCAGUACCUGUGCACUGCCAAGAAUUUGCAUGGUGUGGACACCAUGCCGGUCUUGCUCAUGGUGACCACGCAGCAACCCCAGAUCCUCGCCUCCCACUACCAGGACGUCACCGUCUACCUUGGAGACACCAUUGCCAUGGAGUGCCUGGCCAAGGGCACCCCCGCACCCCAGAUCUCCUGGAUCUUCCCCGACAGGACGGUGUGGCACACUGUGUCCCCCGUGGAGGGCCGGGUCACGCUGCAUGAGAACCGCACCCUGUCCAUCAAGGAGGCGUCUUUCUCGGACAGAGGCGUGUAUAAGUGUGUGGCCAGCAAUGCGGCGGGCGCCGACAGCCUCGCCAUCCGCCUGCACGUGGCAGCCCUGCCCCCAGUCAUCCACCAGGAGAAGCAGGAGAACAUCUCGCUGCCCCCCGGGCUCAGCAUCCACAUCCACUGCACCGCCAAGGCCGCGCCGCUGCCCAGCGUGCGCUGGGUGCUGGGCGACGGCACCCAGGUGCGCCCUUCACAGUUCGUCCGCGGGAACCUCUUUGUCUUCCCCAAUGGCACACUCUACAUCCGCAACCUGUCACCCAAGGACACCGGGCGCUACGAGUGUGUGGCCGCCAACCUGGUGGGCUCCGCGCGCAGAACAGUGCAGCUGACGGUACAGCGCGCCGCGGCCAACGCGCGCAUCACCGGCACGUCCCCGCGGAGGACUGACGUGCGCUACGGCGGGACUCUGCGCCUCGACUGCAGCGCUUCGGGGGACCCCUGGCCGCGCACCCAGUGGAGACUGCCGUCCCAGCAGAUGGUAGAUGCGCUGUUCAGCUUUGACCCCAGAAUCAAAGUGUUUACCAACGGGACCCUAGUGGUGAAGUCCGUCACAGACAAAGACGCAGGGGACUACCUGUGCGUCGCCCGGAACAAGAUCGGUGAUGACUACGUGGUGCUGAAGGUGAACGUGGUGAUGAGGCCGGCCAAGAUCGAGCACAAGGAGGAGAAUGACCACAAGGUCUUCUACGGGGGGGAUCUGAAAGUGGACUGCGUAGCCACGGGGCUCCCCAACCCAGAGAUCUCCUGGAGUCUCCCCGAUGGGAGUCUGGUCAACCCCUUUAUGCAGUCGGACGACAGUGGUGGGCGGACCAAGCGCUACGUGGUCUUCAACAACGGCACACUGUACUUCAAUGAGGUGGGGAUGAGAGAAGAGGGUGAUUACAUCUGCUUUGCCGAGAACCAGGUGGGCAAGGAUGAAAUGAGGGUGCGCGUCAAGGUGGUGGCAGAGCCCCCGGCAAUCCGAAACAAGACGUACUCCGUCGUCCAGGUCCCCUACGGGGAUGUGGUCACUGUGAUGUGCGAUGCCAAAGGGGAACCCACGCCAAGGGUGACCUGGCUGUCUCCCACCAACAGGCUGAUCCCCGCGUCCUCCGGCAAGUACCAAGUCUCCGAAGAUGGCACCCUUCUCAUUCACAAGGCGCAGAGGUCCGACAGCGGUAACUACACCUGUGUGGUCCGGAACAGCGCCGGAGAGGACAGAAAGGUCGUCUGGAUCCAGGUCCGUGUCCAGCCGCCCAAGAUCAACGGGAACCCCAACACCAUCACCACCGUGCGGGAGAUUGCAGCUGGAGGGAGUCGGAAGCUCAUUGAUUGCAGAGCGGAAGGCAUCCCGGCUCCAAGGGCAUCGUGGGCUUUUCCCGAGGGCGUGGUCCUGCCCGCCCCGUACUACGGGAACCGGAUCACGGUCCACCGCAAUGGCACUCUGGACAUCCGCAACCUGAGGAAGAGCGACUCGGUCCAGUUUGCGUGCAUUGCCCGAAACGAAGGUGGGGAGGCCAGACUCAUCGUCCAGCUGACGGUCCUGGACCCAGUGGAGAAGCCCGUGUUCCAUGACCCGGUGAGCGAGAAGAUCAUCGCCAUGGCCGGGCACACCAUCAGCCUCAACUGUUCUGCCGGGGGGAGCCCGGCGCCCACGCUGCUGUGGAUCCUUCCCAACGGGACGGAGCUGCAGAGCAGCAGGCAGCUGCAACGCUUCUACCACAGGGGAGACGGCCGGCUGUACAUCAGCAGUCUGUCCUCUGCAGACGCCGGGGCUUACCGCUGCGUGGCCAGGAACUCCGCUGGCUACUCGGAGCGGCUGGUGUCUCUCAAGGUGGGGCUCAAGGCCGCGGCGGGCAGCCAGCAGCAAAACGUGGUCAGCAUCAUCAACGGGGAGACGUUGCAUCUCCCCUGUGGCGUCCAGGCAGGCCGGCCUACUCGCUUCUCCUGGACCCUCCCCAACGGCAUGGUCCUGGGGGUCCCCCAAGAAGUGGGGCGCUUCACCCUCUGGGAAAACGGCACGCUCACGGUGCACGAGGCCUCCGUGUUUGACCGGGGGACCUACACGUGCACGGCGGACACCGAGUCUGGCCCUUCCGUGCUGAGCGUCCCUGUCAUCAUCAUCGCCUACCCGCCUCGCAUCACCAGCGAGCCCACGCCCGUCAUCUACGCCCGUCCCGGGAGCACUGUCAAGAUGAGCUGCUUGGCCAUGGGCAUCCCCAAAGCCCAGAUAAUGUGGGAGCUGCCCGACAAGUCCCACCUGACCGCCGGCACCCAGGCUCGUAUCUACGGGAACAAAUUCCUGCAGCCGCAGGGCGCCCUGACCAUCCAGCAGGCAUCUCCAAGAGACGCUGGUUUCUACAAGUGCACCGCCAGGAACAUCCUGGGCAGGGACUCCAAGACCACUUACAUCCACGUCUUCUGA